AUGGCUACUUCUCACAAGUGCCCAUGGGACCUAAUGGAAUGGGUCAAACAGCACAAGCUACCACCCUGUGAGGCUAUUCAAAAUGGCGACCAGCCUUGUCAUGAUAUGGACAACCUUUGGGAUGCCCUUCACGGCAUGUACAACUUGGCCUCGGGUCGUGAGUACAAUGCCUCUGUCUUAGACGAGCUUUCCGAUGAGCCGGUCCAUGAGUGGGCUAACUUUUCAGAGCAUGAGUUGUUGAGUGCCCUUAAGGGGUGUUCCAACUCCUCUGCACCAGGACCGGACCAUGUUACAUGGGUCCACCUAAAGGAGUUGCUCAAGGAUAAACAUGUCCCUGUGCUCUUCAUUGUGUUGGCCAACACUUGCCUUCAGGUGGGCCACUGGCCAUGCAUAUUCAAGGAGUUGCUGUCGGUUAUCGUUCCGAAACCGAACAAGCCCUCCUAUGCAGUCCCAAAGGCCUUCAGGCCUAUAGUACUCCUCAUCACUUUUGGUAAACUUAUCAAAAAGAUGAUCGCCAAUAGGAUACAGUUUGAUGCCAUCAAGCAUGAUAUCUUUCACCCAAACCAGCUUGGCAGCAUAUGCCAAAGGUCAACUGAGGAUGCUGGAUUGAUCCUGACUCAUCUCAUGCGAGCGGGGUGGGUUAAGGGUCUCCAGACUAGCGUGCUGGCUUUUGACAUCACGCAGUUCUUCCCCUCUAUCAACCAUGAAAGGUUCAUGGCUGUCCUGCGCAAGCAAGGGUUCUCGCCAAUUUUGGUGGAGUGCUUUGCCUCUUAUCUUGUUGGUCGGUCCACAGUUUACUGUUGGAACACCUUCCAAUCCGGCUCACAGUCUGCAGAUGUGGGUGUCGGGCAGGGCUCUGCUCUCUUGCCUGUUAUCUCUGGGCUGUUCAUUGCUCCAGUGAUGAAGCUCUUCUACGUCAAGGCAGUGCCGCUCAACACGAUGCUUCUCUCCUUUGUGGACAAUGGGACCAUCUUGGCCCAGUCCACACAACUCGAUGAUAAUAAUGUGGGCCUGCAUAAGGCCUAUAAGAUUAUCUACCUUUUAUUUGUUGCUUUUGCCCUCGUCCUUGAGCAUGACAAGACCGAGCUGUUCCACUUUUCGCAUCAGCGAGACACCUACAAUCCUUCGCUUGAUUUGGAGUACACCCCACAUACAGGUGCUACACCUUUGAAGCCCAAGAUCUAUUGGAGAUACUUGGGAUUCUACUUUGACUGCGGGCUCACCUUCCAUGAGCAUGUCCGCUACUAUGCCACCAAGGCAUUCACCACUAUCUUGCAUGGUUCCAUCGCCACGUAUGGUUAUCAUCUCUGGUAUUUUGAUGGCGCUCGUAACAAGGGUGCCAUGAACCAGCUCAAACGGAUGCAGCAAAAAACUGCUCUAUGGAUCACGGGUGCAUUCCGCACCUCACCCACAGGCGGUCUUGAGGCUCUGGCAGGUCUCAUCCCCGUCCAUCUCAUGCUGAAGAAGUUGGCAACGUGUGCAGUGUAUCACGUCGCCACCCUCUCGGACACCCACUCUCUUUGCUCCAUGAUGGGCGAGGGACUCCUUAAGCGGGCCGCACCUCAUGCCCGCUCAGCUGCCUUGAUGACCCCAGCUAUGUGA